AUGGACAUCGAUGAUCAGGAACCUAGUGCUGUCGACAGCAAUGAAAACGUUCCCUCGCGGUCCGAAGAUGAUUUGAAGCAAGUCAAACCAGCGUUGAUCAAAGAACCGAAAAGAUACAAAGCAUCUAAGAAAAAGCACUUAAAGUGGGACGAAGAAGUUAUCGAAGAGCAUGACCAGUUACGCGGUACGCGCAUGAAGAUCGACGAACCGAAUACCCCCUAUACACACUACGACUCGGGUGCCGAAUCUGACGACUCACGUCGUUGCAAAUCUCCGGCUGGGCAGAAACAAGUUCUCAGUUGGGAUGUAUUGCAAACCAAGCUUGAUAGUGUAGCUGCAGUUCGGGACGCCUAUCCUAGUUCACCCUCAUCGCACGCCGAGACGGAUCAUUCCGAUGUGGAAGAGGAGCACAAAAAAGAAAUGCACAGGAUGGAGUUUGAGGAGCAUCGAAAACGCCACUACAAUGAGAUGGAGUUGGUACGAAAAUACCGUCAGGAAAACACGGACGAGAAAGCGGAUGAGGACGUAACGGACGAGGAGAGCUAGCAAUGGGCACUGCUAAUUUGAUUGCGACUGCCAUGCAUGAAAAGCCCAGCUGUCGGAGGCUUAAGAACUUGCCCACGUUGCGUUAAUGUAUAUCAAAUUAUUAUGUUCAGAUGGAUGCGCUUCACAGUCACACGCCUUUUCUUUCCUUGUUUGGAAAUUAGCGACAGUUCGACGAAAGCUACUGCUUCCAAUAAUUUGAUUAUUAUGGAAAGGUAACUUUUGUCCAUUAUCAGACAUCUAUGGCACUCUUUACAGACGGGGAAAAGCAGCGCAGAAAUGAAAUAUGCAUGUUUGUUAUAAUUUGCCAUGAAGUAGGUGGCAACAUUCUUUUCGGGCCAUCUACAUAUCUGUUUGUAUUUUUUACAUUUUCAACUGUAACUUUCUG